CAUCGACGGCGGGCUGCCAGGCGACAGCAGAGCAUUGAUAUGGCGCCCCCCAGACAUGACCCUUUUCGGCUCGAGGUGCAGGAUGUCACUCCUGUCUCGAUCUCAAUUCUCUGGUCGCUUCGGCCACCGCCGCUAAGCGCAAUACCGAAGGGGCUGAUGCACCAACAGACUUCGACUUCGUCUUCUUCCUCUUCCUCCUCCCCAUCUCCAGUUGCGUCAACGUCUGCGAACAUUCGAAGCGCACCACCAAAUUUAUCCGCUCCUUCUCCAUCGCAAAGAAUACAUUCUGAUGGAGGUGUCGUUGCCACGAGGAGCGUCAAUCGAAAAGUCACAAAAGUCACGACGAUCCGGAAUCCCAGCCCAUCGCAACGAGUCCCAGCCCCAUCAUCCUCCUCGUCCGGCAAGCAACCGCGGCAUACUGGCUCGCGGCAGCUUGCGGUGCCCUAUGACAACGACGACUGGCCUUCGGAGGACGGUGCGACGGCGGUUGAAGAGCAUGACGGAGCUGGUGUGGCGGAAGACGAAUCUGGCCAUUCGGAAACAUCUGAUACCGCAAACGAUCCCGCCUCGGCCACUUCGUCCUCCCACCCUCCAGCUCAGCUUCCGAUGAGCUUGACCAAAAUUUUCGACAGCGGGGUCAGCGUCAGCGUCAACGGCGAGCCCUGGCUCCAAGUCGUCAUGGGUGAUCGGGGACCAGACGAAGCCUUUGUCGUCGUGUACGGACUGCUGCCUGACCGCGACUACGAGAUUCUCCUCUGCGUGGGCAAGGAUGAGGCUGUCGUUUCGGCACAGACGAGCAGUGUCGCAGCUUUGAACUCCAAGAGCUUGUCGGAUAAAGUCAACGUAACUCCCUCAUCGCCUUCGACCAUCGACAAUGCCGGAGGAGAUUUGAUUCCCUCCAACGAUCACUCGCGCACCUCAUCUGCCAACGUCCAUCCUCCAUCUGCAGGCAACCUUGUCUUGAGAAGCCAUACACCACCUACACAAGAUUCAGCAGACCCAACUACUGUGCUCACUGACUCGGUGGACUCCGACGGCAUCGGUCCGUCGCCAAGACAGCCAUCCCCGACCCAUGUACCUGCCUCCACGACGGCCUCAGCCACUGUCAUGGGGUCAGGUGCAGGUGCAGGAGCUUUGACGGCCAGCGCGCUACAGGCAACUGUCAACACGCUCCUACGCAAAGCUCGCAAGGACACUUCACGCGCAGAGUCGGCUCUCCGUAAUGAGAUUGAGGCUCUGAAACGAGCGCUUGAUCGUAUGUCGGGAGUGGACCAUCGCGCAAAGCAAAAGGUGCUGGCAUUGCAGGAAAGCAUUCGGCAGGCGACACAAGCCAGUAAGGAUAUCGACGAGGAAACGACGCUGGUGGAACAGGAGAAAGGCAAAUGGGAGGAUGAGGAGAAGGAGAAGGACGAAGAGCUCAAGUCGACAAAGGCACAAGUCGGCAGUCGGGUCAAGGAGAGCGAGGGCAAGAUUGAGGCUAUGGAGAGCGAGGUGAAAUCCUUUGAAGCCGAGGUUGACGUUGUCAAGAAGCGUCUGGAGGCCAAGCUGGCCGAGAAGAAGAAGCUUGAGAGCGAGAAGGUGGUCGAGCUCGAAAACGAAAUCAAGCGGCUUCAGGACGAGACCGAUCGAGCGCUGCAUUCGCCGGCCUACGAGCAACAGCAUCUGCAGCAGCUCCAGCAGCCACAGGGCGGCAGUGGGAUGGGUGGCCACCCGCCCUAUGUACACUACUACCAACCACACUCACCACAUCAACAGGGUCAGCUCGGCAACAACACAGCCUUUGUUCCGAGUCAGAUUGUCGGAGGGCGAUCCGGUCGCGGAGGCGCAGGAAGAGGAGGAAGGACGGCUUCGGGAGGGACUUCUGGUGGUGGGGGCGGCGGCAAGUCUUCUUCACGCCGUCACUACGGCCGUGGAGGUCAUCUUGGACGCCCGGCUCCUCAUCAUCAGAGCGGCUCAGACGAGCUCGAAAGCUACACAAAUCAAAGCCCACAAACCGCCCAUCACUACCCUUUGAAUCCGGCAAACCCCGAAUUUGUUCCGUCAGCCAGUGCGUCGCCCAUCACGGCUAAAGGUACCCUCGCAGCACCCUCUUCUCUCGGGCCACACCAUCAGUACCACAGUCAGACGAGCAACUCCGUCGGCGUCUCUCCACAUCUUGCGCCGAGGUCUGUCCACAGCGGCUUUGGCAACGAUGUUGCAACCAUCCAACAGCAGCGGCGCAGCUCGUUCAGCCCGAACCUUUCGGGCGUUCCGAGCGGCACCUCGCCGAUUGGACCGCCGUCGCAGGGCGUCCCGCCCGGAUCGAGUCCUUCACUCUGGACCUCUCAGAACCCUAAUUCAGCGACAAAUUCAUCGGGGCUUGACAUCUGGGGUAUGCCUAUUGCCCCGGCAUCGCCCAAGGUUGCGACAAGUGCUUUCAACCCAUCUCCCUCUCUGCAACAUCAAGGAACUACAUCUUCCCCGCCUUCUCACUUUGGCAACAAUCCUUUCUCGAGCGGCAUGGUUGAUUCGCCAACGGCGUCUUCGAGCCCCAUGCACGCCGCAUUCCUUCGCGGCACCGCUUCAGGCUCGACGCCGGGCUCCAUCGGCCCGCCGUGGCACCCCGUGCAUCACAAUCACCAGCAGCAGCAGCAGCUCGACCCGUUGUCAAUUGGCUCGGGACGAGGCUCAGCUCCUGUCAGUCCGACUUUCGCAACGCACGAAGAGGCCCGCGCCUCCCCCGUCGCUGCUCCGGGCGGGGCAGCCACACAGGGUCAGGUCGACUGGUCAUCGAUGCCCAUGAGCUUCGCCAGCGUCGCAGCAGAUCGAGCAGGCAGAAGGAACUAGAGCUGUACUUUUCACCACUAAUCUCUAUAUUCACAAAUCCUUGUACUUUUACACCUCAGCGGACUUGUCACGCUCUCGCCCAUGCACUCCACGCAAUAGACGCGAUCCCAAACC